AUGGACUCACGACAACGCUCUUCCCCUGCCAACGAACACAACCAGCAGCAGCAGCAACAGCAGCAACAACAACAACAGCAGCAGCAGCUCAUGCACCAGCAACAGCAGAUGCUCCUCGCCCAGCAGCAGCAGGCGGCGGCGGCAGCAUACACGUACCAGCAGCAGCCACAGGGGAGCUGGACACCCAACAUCGGCGCGCCCCCAUUCUACCCCUCCUUCUACCAAAAUCACCAGCAGCAGCCAUCACCACAGCAGUAUCCAGCGGGGGCCCCAUUCUUCGACCCUGCCAACGCUAAUGCCCUCGCCGCCCAGUGGGCAUACCAGCAGAUGAUGUUCAACGCCCAGCAUGGAUUCCAGGGUAUGCAGCGCCCGAACCAGCCAGCAGCCGCCCAGAACUCCCCGGACUACUUUGCCCAGCCCCAAAUCAGCCCCGUAUUCAACCCAUUUCCCAGCGGAACACCGCCGCCGCACGCCCAUCGCAACCAGCAGCAGCAGGACCAUCCGCAGCAGCAGCAGUAUCCCGGCUUCCACCCCUACAGACGUCCUAAUCGCCAGCCAUCACAGCAGUCUGACCCCAUCAACGACUGGCGCCAGGGCAUCACGCCCCCCUACGCGCGUCCGGACGCCUCAGGUUCCUCCUCUUCUGUCAACUCAUCUUCCAGCGGUCGCCCCCGCACCAACAGCAACCAGAGCGCACAGAGCUCCAGCAGCCAUACAAGUCGCCCAGUGCCCUCGAGAAACUCGCCUUCGCCAGCAGCACCGUCACCAACGUCGGCGGCUGCACCCAGUCCUCUUCGGCAGCCCCAUCAUCGCAAUUCCUCCACGUCUUCGUCCACAUCAACCUCAACUGCCACAUCGGCGCGGCCCGCGGCGCUAUCCCCGGCUCUCCCCACAACGGCCACCUCCACCGCAUCGACCUCGGGCACGACAUCCUCUUCGGCUGCAGCCGCCAGCAGCAGUGGAUCCGCCACCCCCCGCCUCACACGCCCGUCGCCGCUGUCACAGGGCACCUUCACUGCCUCAGAGAAGCGCAUGUCACGCGAUGACAUCGAUCUCGGCGCAAUGCACGAGUCCACACCCACCGCCAGCAUGAUCCGCAGUGGCGGCCUCAAAGGCAGGUUGAGGAGAGCCCUCUCGUUCAACACGGCCCAGAUUCUCAAGGAGGAGGAGACGGCCGAUGAGGACGAUGAUGUUUCUAUCAAGGCAUCGCAGGUCAAUGGCGCGAGUUCAAGUAAACUCAAGGCUCCUGAUCUGAAAGUGGACAGCAAGGCCGUGUCCCCGAGCCCGAUGUCGGAUAACGACGGUGCUUCAACGACAGCUACUGUGCAAACUACCGCUACAAAGAAAAAAAGCCGUGCCGCCUCACUCUUCAACUCUCGCCUCAACGCCUCGACGGACAAUAUCUCCCUCUCCUCUACCGUCUCCUCUGCCAGUGUCAUGAUCCGCAAACUCGGUGCUAUGGGUAGGCUUGCAAGGCGAAACUCCCUGGCAGGUAUCACCUCGCUCUUCAAGGAUAAAGAUAAGGAAAAGGACAAGGAUGGUACAGAGAAGGACAAGAAGGGGAAGAAGAAGGAUAAGAAGAGCGCCAAGGCCGAGGCUAGCGAGGCCAGCGUCUCGCACGUCACUGCAGAGCUCGACAGGAUGGGCACCAGCGACUGGAGUGCUGGAGGCUCCGACCUGCACGGUCUCUCACCCGCUGCGAAGCUCGCACGGCAGCAUACCCUCAAAUCGAAUGCCGAAGCAGCCGCACGGGCAAAGGAGGCCGAGGCUGCUGCUGCCGCUGCAGAGGCGAGCGGGAAGCUGGGCACCAAUGGGGUCAUGGCGAACGGGGCAGCGGGCGUGCCGACGUGGGAUAGGAACACGGCGACGCGCCAGGGAUCCAUGUCACCCGUUAAGGGAGGAGGCGGGAUGCGGAUCAAUGAGGAUGGGACGAGGACGUUUAUCGAGGACGACGAUAGCGAGAGCGACGAUGGUCACCACCAUCCGCACCAACGGCAGGGCUCGGCGGGCUCUUCGCAACAAGGCUUCCAUGACGGCUGGGACGACGAUGAGGACUGGGAUGCGGACCCGGAAGUGGACGGUGAUGAGGAUGUGACGAUACGCCAGAGUAUUGAUGCUAGGAGCAGUGGCGAGGACAACAGACCGGAAGGGCCGUUUGGCAUGGGCAGGGUGUCGGAGGAGAUGGAGCCAUGGGCUGUAGAUGCUAGAAGGAGUGUAGAGAAGGCAAAGAAACCUGCCAAGGGGAUUCUAAAGGGUGCAGACCACUACGAUCAGCAUGUCUACCUGCAUGAGCAUGCGAAUCCGACGAAUCGUGCUCGGUCAAACUCGUACAAUUCACCCGCUCCUCAUCCCGAGCUUGGGCCCCUUGCACGGAUACCGUCGCCCGAUCCAGACCAUAUCGAUGGCCUGCAUCGACAUGGGUCGUUAUCAUCUAACCAUGGCUCAACAUCCCAUGUACCUGAGGUUUCUGUGCCGCCAUCAUUACCACCACUGUCCUUCGAUUUUGAAUCGUCUUCCUCACCACUUUUGUCGAGUACAUUCACGACAUCAAAGGACCUACCUGCUACACCAACGGUCCUCACGACAUCACCCGCCUCGUCGACUGCUACCAGCUCUGCAGCGACGCCAACAUCCACCUCUAGCUCAGGGACGAUGCUCGCCACCGCCGCUACCCAUGCACACGCCGAGAAUCGUACCUCCGCAAUCUUCCAACAUCCCAAUUUCAACUCGUCGGCGCCAGCACUGUCAACAAUGGGCUCAACGUCGAAUAGUGGGCCACUGUCGCUCGCACACCGCUCAGCGACGGCACCCAUCAAGCGCCUGACGUUCGCGACAAAUUUAUCGGUGUACGACACGUUCUCGGCGUCGGUGUAUGAUCGACGGAGCGAGCCUGCGACAUGGAGUCGCCUGACGCCUGCCCUUGCGCAGCGAAUAAAAGAGGAACUAAAUUCCUAUAAAAUGGAGGAGAUGGAGGUGCAUGCUGCUAGUCGGAUCCACACCCAAUUCUUCGUUUGA